AUGUAUGGGGACCUGGCGAACAAGCUUGUCCACCACGCGAAGAGGACACAGAACCUGUCUCACCUGCCUCCUUAUCAAACCGAGAUUGUGCGCGGCGUCACCAAGGAGGUUCGCGACCUAGACCAAGAUGUUGCGCGACUUCUAGAACCCUUCAACGACUCAUUCGACCCCGACGGUAAUCAAUCCACAGCAUGCACCCUGCUCGUCAAUCAUCUGGCGAUGAGGCGGAACAAACGCUGCCUCCUGGCAUACCAUCGCACGAGGGCGAACAAAUUGGAAGAGCUUGUCUGGAGUGGCGCCGAUCUCCUGGACCUUUCUGGGCAGCAGGUCAGGGACGCUGGUACGGAGGGAGAAGGCAUGCAAUCAGCCAACGAGGGAGAGGCUGAAACGAGCAGCCUCAGCCCGCAAGAGGAGGAUUACGUGCGACAAUAUGGGGAUCUUUUAGCCGCACUGAAGGGGCAGUGGACUGAUAUUGAUCUGACGGGGAGCUUGGAUCCGCCAAGGGACCUCUUUAUCGACGUGCGGGUUUUGAAAGAUGCGGGCGAGAUUCAGACCGAAUACGGUCAGUUCUACGUGCGACAAGGCGACGUCGAGCGUUUGAUCGGCCAAGGAUAUCUGCAAAAGUUAAGCUGA